AUGUCUGCGAAAACAUCUCUAUCUAACCAGCAUUUCCCCAUCUCUCAUCUGCGUUUUGACAAUGCUGGCGACUUUCAGAUUAUCCAGGAUGUUAUUCCGUCAUCCAGAGCUACCCGGCUUAUCAGCGACCCCGAGCGAUUUCUAAAGGUGAGCUUCCCGACGAAGCUGAAAGACAAUUUUGUACGGCAGCUCCUUGUGGAUAAGAUUAAGAACGGCAUUGCUUUCGAGGGCAAAAAGUAUAUCUUCUUUGGGUAUACUGAAAGUCAGUUGAAAGAGAGUCGUGUUCUCUUCUUUCAAGAAAGGGAAGACUGGACGGUGCACAGUCUCAAGGCUGUACUCGGAGACCUGAACUCCGUUUAUCGAGUACACGGAUACGGAAAGUAUGCUGCACGUUUGGGGCUGUCAUUUUCCUCGACUGUCCCAACUCUUGAGGUUGGCCUAGGGGAUCGCCAUCUUUUGUAUGACCUUAGAGCGGAUGAUGGUUCUGACUGUAGCGACGGCUGUGGCAUGAUACGUGACUCAUUUGCUAAACAAGUCUGCUUUACUAUUGGGGUGAGCGAGGACACCUGUGUCUUUCAAAUUCGGUUGGGGGGCAUUAAGGGAUUAUUUGUCAGGUACAGGGAUGAGGACUUCGACCGGAUUUGCGGUGGUUCUGGAGUUAAAGUGGCCUAUCGCCGUUCUAUGUUCAAAUAUGAAAACGGUCCUUUGAUGCUCGAAGUUCAAAACGUCGGUCGUCCACCUCGUAGCGCCAGGCUCAAUAUUCAGUUCAUCGUCCUUCUUAUGACCCUGGGAAUUAAGACUGAGGUCUUUGAAUCUCUUCUUCGAAAGCAGCUUGAUGAUCUCGAGCAGAUCAUGGUUAAUAGACAAAAGGCUAUUGACUGUGUAGAUGGAGAGUUAGAUUCAGAAGGAAAUGACUUCGACCAAGAAUGCAAGUUAUACGAAAUGCUCCUCGCUGGAUUCGAUUUGAGUGAGGGGCGCUUGGCGUGCUUAUUAAAGCGAUUCCAAAAACGCUCGCUUGACGCACUCCGGAAGAAGUUACAUAUUCAUGUGAAAGACUCGGCUUAUCUGUAUGGAGUCGUAGACGAGUUUGGCAUAUUGGAAGAAGGCCAGGUAUACAUCAACUUGCCUUAUCAGGGGGGACCACAAGUCGGGACUUUCCUUGUCGGUAGGAAUCCUGCUUAUUCCCCCGGAGAUUUACGACGUCUGGAAGCUGUAAAUAUUCCUGAAUUAUCACACCUCACCAAUUGCAUUGUAUUUGCCGGUAAAGGCAGAUACAGCGAGCCUAGCCAAAUGAGUGGAGGUGACUUGGAUGGAGACCUCUAUCUUAUCCUCAAGGACGCAGAUCUUAUUCCAGAACCUGAGCAAAUACGUUCGCCUAAAAUGAAAUCGGAGCAUGCACCGCCUGACGACGAGUCUUCUGGUGUAUACUCGAGCCUUUCACAGAUGAACAAAGAUGCAGUCAACAUCUUCAUGAAUCUCCGAAAUAAUCGGCUUCUCGGUCAAAUGUCUCUUGCCUGGAUGUGUCAAGUGGUGAAGACAGAGGAACUUGCCGAUCAAGCAUAUUGCACCGGUCUUGUUCCGCUUAUUGAGAAAGUGCUGGAUAUUGCCAAGACCGGCGAGAAUAUCGAACCACUCAAAAAACAGUUCUAUGCGCUUAAAACACUUAAGAGAACAUCGUGUUCUGAUCGUUGGGAGGAUCCUAUCAAGUACCUUCAGAGUCUUGUCCCGAAUCGUCCUGCUGAUUCACAAGACGACUUUCAAUGUGAUCCCGACUUGAUUCUAGAGGAGGUCGCACCACGUGAAGAAUGGAAUGGUUACGUUGCCGAAGGUCGGAGAUCCAUCAGGGCGUUUAAUCAAACACUGGCUCGUGCUAUUGCCCGUGAUAAAAGGAGCAAAGGUAAUAACCUAUCUUCAAGAUCUAGUAGUGCCGAAGAUAAUGAAACUGCCGCCGAAAGGGUUCGACGACGGUAUAUCGAACGUUACUUUUGUAACGGCCCCUUUCUCUGUCAAGGUCACACUUUAACAUCCUUUCAAAGGUAUUCUGUUGGAUACGAAAACAACAAAGAAGCGUUCUCUUGGCUAGGUCGCCGAUGGCUGAAUCACAUCAAAGCCUGUGAGUUUGCUAUAUCCUUGUCGUGCUUUUUCUGA